UAGCUUAUGCUUAAAUGAAUUAAGCUUAGUUGUGUUCUCCAAUGAAAAUCACUCUUUCUUAACUACUUGGCUGGACAGUUAUCGCAUGCGGUCCUUUUUUAUGCUUACUAACAAUGGCUAACAGAGGACGUCGCACAGACCAUAAUUCUUAUAUUCAUUUUUUGACUACGUGUAAUGGAAUUGUGCAGGAUUCAAUCCGUUUACUGAACACUGAUGUUAGAAACCCAGAAUAUGUCGAUGGUGUGUCAGUUCGACUCGAAGGCGUUGCAAGAAAUGUUUUGAGGGUUGCCACGAGAAUCCCAAGUUGUUAUGAACUUUUGCAGUUGGUCCAAUCUUUACUGGAAAAUAUUCAAGAUUUGAAAUCUACAGUGAAUGAUAAUGCAUUCAGAUCAGGAAGAAGCAGUAACGGGAAACCAGGGCGCCCACUGUAUGAAAUUUCUAAAGAUCAACUUCAGUUCUUUUUGGAUUUAGGUUUCAGUGGAUCAAAUAUAUCAAAAUUACUGCAGGUGUCACAGUCAACUGUAAAAAGGAGACUAAGGUAUUUUGGAAUUUCCAUUAGAGAGAAAUAUAGCACCGUUGACGACAAUGAAUUAGAUGAUAUAAUAAGACCAUUACUUGAUGAAAACCCUCACUUGGGUUAUCGUUCAAUACAGGCUCAUGUUAAAGUUAAAGGGCAUACAUGUCAAGAGAACAGGAUUCGAGAUGCAAUAUGUCGAGUUGAUCCAGCAGGAACUGCUUUUAGAUGGAGUGACACUAUUCAUCGCAGAACUUACAGAGUAGCCGGGCCAAAUUCCUUGUGGCAUAUCGAUGGAAACCAUAAACUUAUUGGUUGGAGAUUUGUUAUACAUGGUGGGAUCGAUGGUUUUAGUAGAAAGAUUGUUUAUUUAGGAUGUGCCACAAAUAACAAGAGUUCAACAGUGUUUGAUUUAUUCCUACAUGCUGCUCAGCACAACCUUAUUCCAUCCAGAGUUAGGAGUGAUUACGGUACAGAAAAUGUGGAUGUAGCUGCCUUUAUGACCAUACAUAGGGGUGCUAAUAGAGGCAGCAUUAUUCAAGGACGUAGUGUCCACAACCAGAGAAUUGAAAGGUUGUGGCUUGAUUUAUACAGAGGUUGUACUAAUAUAUACUAUGACUUAUUUAAAUAUUUAGAACAAUGCAGAAUAGUUGAUUUGGAAAAUGAAAUCCAUAUGUGGGCCCUACAUUUCGUGUACCAGCCAAGAAUACAGCGCUCGCUGAAUUCUUUCAUGGAAAUGUGGAAUAGCCACAAACUAAGUUCUGAAAGGGGAAAGACUCCUGACCAGUUAUUCGUUCAAGGAGCACUUAAUCUGUUUCGUCAUGAUACUCCAGCUAUCAACGAAAUUUUUGGUGAGGACGUAAAUAAUGAAUAUGGUGUUGACUGGAAUGGACCCAUUGUACCAACAGAAGAAAGCAACAAUGUAACAGUCGCCCUAACAAACAGCCCCAUUUCUAUGGUGGACUACUUGCAGUUACAAUUAGAGGUGGACCCUCUUUCAGAUAUUCACAAUGAUCAUGGGAUAUCCCAUUUUCUAAACACUGUUGAUUUCGUGAAAGCUUGUCUUCACAUUGUUUGAUAAAAGAGCUGCACAACUAUCGCAAUAUAUAUAUGCUUUAAAUUAUUUUAUAUGAUCAACUAGAAAUAAUGUGAGCACAGUUUGCUAUAUACUCAAAUAGACACCCUCGUGUAACAUUUACAGCCGAUUGCAUUGAGUGUGUGGGCAAAGGUAAUAUCUUUGGUUAUCUUGCUUGCUUGCUGAACCGUGAAGUCAUUCUUAGGUAAUGUAUACUACCCUCCUUUCGAAGAAGCCUAGUCUUACAGACAGAUAGAUUGGUUAUCUGUCGGACAAGUUUACUCUUAAAAGAGGGUAGUUAACUUAACCUAAUAAUGACUUCACGGUUCAGCUAGCAAGCAAGCUAACCAAAUAUAUUACCUUUACCUACACACUCAAUGCAAUUGACUAUAAUUGUUUCUUUCAUGAAAUAUUUACCGGAAUAUUAUUCUAUAUUUGAAAUCAAUCAAAUAAAAAGAAAAUUCAUAUCGGAUAUUUAAUAAACAAAAACAAAAAAGAGCAUUAAAUAGUCAAUAGAUAUACAUAUGUUAACGUCAAAGUCAUGUACUAUUGAAAUGUUGUAAUAUUCCCUUCCAGUAUAGUCUGUAGUCACAUUGCGUCUGUGAAUAAAAGGAGAUAAGGGUAUACACAAUGUUAUUAUUAGAAAAUAGGAAACGUGAGGAAAACGUAUUGUUUUCCAUGAAUGUAAGAAGAUGUGGAAUAUGCACUAUAGCCAUAAGGAUUCGCCACCAAUACAAUUUGUUUUUAUAUAUUUCAUAUAUAUAUAUGGGUUUAAGAACAUCAGUUGUUCGACCUGCUAGUUAAAUGCGUUUUGUUAAAAUAUAUUGUUUCACUCUUUUGGUAUUUUGGAAAAUGUUGUUUGUGCUGUAUUUAUAUCCUUUUACAACGAAAUUUGUUACAUGCACACGUAUAAAAAUUGCGGUUUUUAUCCAACGCAAUCAUAGGUUUGA